UGCAAAGACCAUCUUUCAUAUUCGAACGAACUUCAUAUCUGUUAUCUAUUUUCCCAUAACCAAUCACAAUAAAUAAAAAUAAAUAAUACAAAAUAUAAUUGUGGCUUUGAUCUCCAGUAAAAUGAAUUCAUGCAAAUAACAAUGUUUUCCCUGGAAAUGUAAAAAACAUGAUAUGACAUCAGGACCAAAGGCUUUUAGGGGCCGGGGCUCCACCGGUUUACGAGGAUUGAGACCGGUAGAUAUUGAAAAUAUAAGCUUGUCUGAUGCAUGGGGCACCCGGGAGUCAAGAUUUAAGCCUUUUAGGCUAUCUACAAGCCUUAAUAAUUCAGAUGAAAGCUCUGCAAGUGUUAGUGAUGCAGUCCCAGGCCACAGAAGACCAAGACGCAGAUGGAACAACACCAAGAUGUUACCUCCAAUGGGUAUAUUUUGGGAUAUUGAAAAUGUAUCUGUGCCAAAAAAUACCAGUGCUUCUUCUGUCGUUCAGAGGAUAAGAGAGGUGUUCCUAGAAGGUUAUAGAGAGUCAGACUUUGUGGUUGUGUGUGAUGUUACAAAGGAGCCACCUCAAAUUAUUAAAGAAUUACAUGAAGCUCAGGUUAAUAUAAUUCACGUGUCGGCCACUUCAAAAAAUGCAGCAGAUGAUAAAUUGAGGCAGUCGAUUAGGCGGUUUGCCGAAGUGCAUCCUGCUCCGUCCGCCAUACUUUUGAUAUCUGGAGAUAUCAAUUUUGCGUCAGAUUUGUCUGAUUUAAGGUAUAGAAAUAAGAUGAGAGUGUUUUUAUUGCACACUCAAAAGACGUCCGAGGCUUUGAUCUCAUGUGCAAACGAGGAUAUGAUAUUUUCAAAUUUGAUUCAGGGCCUGCCAUUAAGAGGUCAAUCGACUGUUAGUACACCCGAGAGUAAAUUUUUUCACUACGUAAGCGUCAGAAAUUUGCCGAAAAAGUUUGAAAGGGGCCAAAUUUAUAAAAGAUUGAACACGAUGGUGGAUAACUGCGGGGGGAAAUGUGUGACCUACCAUAGUGAAUCUGGAUGUGCUUCUUUAAGAUUUAGAAGUAAUGACGAGGCCUUGAGAGCACAGAAAAGGUUGCAAGGUGAAAAUGUAUUUGGACAAAAAAUAGAUGUAUGCCUCGCGCCUAAUACUAAGGCAUAUACAGGGCAACGCAUGAAAAAUCAAGAAAUUAUUAAUUCUCUCCAACAAAAAGUGGGUGGUAGACAGUACGGUAAUAACACAUCGAGAAAUUUUGAGAGCAAUGUUGCCGGCUAUCAGCCAGCCACGCAAUGGAGCGGAUAUGGUAGUAUGGGGCCACCACCGCCACCAGGUUUUGAAAAUAGAGCAGCCGUUAAUGCUUAUCCGUAUAAUCCUUCGUCAAGAAAAGUACAGGAAGGCAUGGGAUCAUUGCCGUCUUUGCGAACCCCGCCAAUUAACAUGGACUGGACGGGGCCUCCGAAUUUUCGCUCCACUUUAAAGCUACCCACGGAAUCCCCAAUGGGAUCGAACUGUGUAUCUCCAAUGGAAAUGGCGUACGAUCAAUUGAUGGGGAGUUUUAAUGGAAGAAUUGCUGGUACAAUUCUGCCGCCGGCGGCUUCCGCAUUACCGCCACCGUUUGGUCGAGUGCAUAGAGUGAGCGGCUGUUCAGAAUUUAGUUCGGAUGGUGAAGCAAAAGGUAGUCAACCAGUGGACCUAAAUAUAACCAACUUAGACCCCACUAUAGAUGUCAAAGAACUCAAAAAACUACUUGUCAAUUUGAUUAAAGAAUAUGCUAUGAUAAUCAAUCUACAAAUAAAUCUCCAAGCAGAUGGAACACCAGUAGCAAAUUUAAGAGUCAACAGUCAACAUGAGGCUCAAUGCGUAAUUUCUCAAUUGCAUCGACAAAAAAUUGGUAAAAGGCGAAUUAUGAUCGGUUAUGAUCAGGAUAAUACGUUUCCAGAACCCGAACAUCUAAAAGUCAUGGUCGUUAGUCUAUUACAGGAGGUUCCCGAUAAAAAGAUGCCACUGUUCCAGUUUAUGGAAUUAUUAGAAUCCAGAUAUCAUUGUACGGUGUCAGUAUCGAGAGUGAGUAAAUUAAAAGAUGUAGUAAAGAUAAAUGAUGAACGAGGAUCAAGGAUAAUAUAUUUAACUGAGGAAGCAACUAGGAUUAGUCCUGCACAAAAUUUAACAGAGACCCUUCUUCCAUAUUGUGUCCUGCAUUGUCCAAAAGGAAUCCAGAAUAUCGGUUGGUGCGAGUCCAAUACUUGUAUUAUCCCAAACGUUUUAAUUCCAUUACCAACUUUCAAAACAAAACUUCUGACUUUAUUGAAUGACCAUUUUGGAUCUUUACCUUUACUCAGUUUUCAGUCCUGUUACGAGCAAGAAUUUCAAGAACCACUACCCGUAUCUGAUAGUGGCGUGCCCCUCGAACAUUUGAUCACUUGUGUUCCUAACAUUGAGAUUAAACUAUUAGGAUUGAAUAAGAGCAUUAAAGUAAUCCAGCAUAAUACCAAACCUAUUGAAGAAACCACUGACGAAAAAAUAUUAAAAUCGGUAGCUCCCUCUCUCAUACCAAACAUUAACUUGUUAUGCAGAGAAGUUGUUGAUUUAUUAAAAAAUAUGGACAAAUGUCAGAUAUCGUUACGAAAAUUUAUCCCUGCGUACCAUCAUCAUUUUGGACGCCAAUGUCGAGUGGCAGAUUAUGGAUUCACGAAGUUAUGGGAUUUAUUAGAGGCUAUUUCUCAUGUGGUCCAGAUAAUGAGCGAUAGCUAUGGAGGGGACGGCCGCACUAUAACACUGACUCAUUCCGCUCAAAUGCGCCGUUUCACCUCAGACUUACUCAGGGUACUCAAAUUGCAACCAAAUAAGCAAAUCCCCAUACAAGAGUUCUCCGCUGCAUACGAGAGGGCCCUGAACAAACCAUUUAACCCCGUUGAAUAUGGACUUUGUACUUUAGAUGAUUUGUUAUGCGAGAUUUCUGAAAACACUGUGGUCAUUAUGAGGACCGAGGAGGGAGUUUUUAUUUCAGUGCCUAAAAGGGAACAGACGCCUGAAGAAGCUAGUCGGACAAAGCAAUUUGCUGGAGAGGUGAUAGAUCUGUUAAGGCAUACGCCAUACUGCACCAUGCUUUUUAACAAAUUUGUUCCUGCUUAUCAUCACCAUUUCGGCCAUCAAUGCAAAGUUUCCGAUUAUGGUUUUGCCAAGCUUAUUGAAUUAUUUGAAGCUAUACCAGACGUGGUAGAGAUAAAAGAACUACCAGACGGAGUACGUACAGUAAGCCUAACAUCUGAACAAUCCUUGAAAGUCCUCAGCUCUCAAGUACUGCAAGUAAUUCGAAGCGUCGACUCUGGUACGUUAAAGUUCGAGGAUCUUCCGCAGUUGUAUUUUAGGGAAUUCGGUUACUCUCUAAAUCCUCAAGUUUACCAGUGCGAUUCUCUCGAAGACUUGGUUGAUAAACUGGGUGAUUUUAUUCAGGUCAUUCACAAUAGUUCUGGUUCAUUAUUAAAGGCAGUAGAAAUUGAUGCCUCGCCAAAUAUUGUGGGAGUACGUUGCUGGGCUCUACUACUUUGCCCUCCUCACGUCAAAGAUCUUAAUUCCUUUCGAUACGAAUAUCGUCAAUGUUACAAUAACACAUUUUGUGUUGAAUCUUUAAGGAACAUAUCAUAUGUUGUAUCGCUUUCUACAAUGAACAAUACCGAAUUUAUUUCUCUGACCACUCUAUAUAUUUUGGCCGCUCAACUUUAUUAUGUCAUUUGCAACAAUAAUGGAGCAGUCGAAUUCAGCAAAUUGGAAAAAACUUAUGAGGAAUAUUAUUGUAAACCAUUACAACUAUCCAGUUAUAAUAUAAAUUCUGUCAACGAGUUUUACAACAAGUUUAACCUGAUAUUUUAUGUCAGGGGAAGUAAGAAGAAGAGUGUUGUGGUUUUAAAUAGAAACUUACAAGAACAUAUUGCUUUUAAAUACGAUAACAAUAAUCAAGAAUCAGAAGGUCAAUCUCAAUGGGGCGAGAAUGCGGUCAGAAAGUACAGUCCUCCUAAGCCCGAUACUCCACCCACGCCGGGAACAACAGUAUGGUGGAAUACACCAAGCAAAUUGGAUCAAUCCUCCGUGAACUUUUCAGUAAAUGUUCCAUUAACCACUAAUCCGAGCCUCCUUACUCAUGCCGAAAAUUUAGUUUCACCUGCACGCUUUUUAACUAUGGAUAACCCUUGGAGACACGUGGAAUCCACUUCGGAAGCUCCUGAACCUUAUGAAUUACCUUUACCAGAUAAACUUUUAUCUAGAGGUGGCAUCUCAGACGACAGUGGAGAUUCAGGAGUGAAUAUUUUGCUGGAGAAUUCUGAUAGUGAGUUGCAGCAAAAUAUGGCAAGCAAAGGGGCAAUAAAAAAGAAAUCCCUCUAUGGCACCUUCCUGAACUUCAAAUAAUCCGAAAGCACACGCAAUCUGAUUUUAGGCUGAAUAUUACAGAGUAUUUAUUUUUUACUAUUUAAAAUUUUAAAUAUUUAUAUUUGUAGGGAUCAAUCAGUUUGGGUGGAAACUUGUACAAAAAUAUCAGGCAUAAUUUAUAUUUCCAUAUAGAUCAAAAAAAUCCUUUUUAUUCUUAUGAGUUUUAUUGCCUGCUAACAGUAUACAAAUUAAUUAUGGUUUUAAUUAGCAUAAUAGCAAAUAUUUCCCCCUAACCCGAACAAUACAAAGACUUUAUAUACUUUAAAAUGCAUUCCUUUUUAAGCCAUAGAGUGUCAAGGUUGUCAUAUUGGAUGCUUAUAGAUGACAACAUGACAACUUUGACGCGUAGAAACGUUACAAGUGUGUCAUAUUUGCCACUAUGACUGACAGAUAUGACAACUUUGACAGUUACUACAAAUAUCUUCAGGCUGAAAUUUGUCUUUAUUAUUGAUGAUUUAUGUAAGUUGCAACUGCCUGUGGUGGCAUUUCUUUGAUACAAAUUAUUUUUGCCACACUUUAUAUUAUGCAAAGUGAAUGAUUGGAAAUAUAUAGCUUUAAUAGCCCUAUUACCAGUGGUAAAACAAUAAUUUGUGAUCUUAAACUUUAUAUUAUUUGUUUUGUUUGUAAUUAUUUCUGUAUUGUAUGUCUGUAUGUAUUUGUGAUUUUUUUCAAAUACCAUCCUAAUUUAUGUAAUUUAAGUAAAGCCCCUUUUACAUUUUUUAUAUAACAAGGUUUUACAACAAUUUUUAUUUGUGACAUAAAUGUUUUGAUUAAGUAGAAAUUUUAGGUUAAAUAAUUAUUUUUAUUGUACUUAAAGUAUUAUUUUGUAGGAUUUUAAAACUUUUGCAAAAAAAAUGAAAUAAAUGUGAAUUUUGUUUGAAAAAAUAUAGGUGUUUUUUACUUUUA